AUGUCAGCCUACGCUCUGGAAACAGGCGGCAAAGCCGAAGUCACUGCCGUCUUGCGAUCCAACUAUGAAGCUGUGGUGCGUCAUGGCUUCGACAUCGACUCGGUCCUGUAUGGCGAGAUCAAGUCAUGGAGGCCAACUCAUGUCGUCAAUGCUGUUCCAGAUGUGUCUAAAGGCGAUGUCCCUCCAUUCGACUGCAUCCUCGUCACGACCAAGAACAUCGCCGACGUCCCUCCCACCACCGCAGACAUAAUCUCGCCGGCCGUGACUCCCGGCUAUACAUCGAUCGUGCUCUCCCAAAAUGGCAUCAACAUUGAAAAGCCCCUUAUUGCCCGCUUCCCCACAAAUCCGCUCAUCAGCAGCGUUGCUUACACAGGUGCGACAGAAACAGCACCCGGCAAGAUCUACAAUGACGACCCAGAUAAGCAGAAGAUCGGGGCUUUUUUCAGUCCAGAGGUUCCUGGCGAGGUUGCGGAAGAGGCGGCGAGACGGUACCUGAGUAUAUAUAACCCAGAAUGCAAACUAGAUGUGGUGUACGAGGCGGAUGUCGCGGCCAAUCGAUGGCGAAAGUUGGCUUACAACUCAUCCUUCAACCCUGUUGCUUCCAUCCUCAGCAUGGACACUCCCCGAAUGCGCAUAAGCCGCCAUAUCAUCGAUGAUCUGAUCCUGCCCAUCAUAAGUGAGAUCCGAGCCGUCGCAGAAGCCAAAGGCAUCAUCCUCCAACCGGAUCUUGUCGACGCCGUGGUCCACCAAGAUCCCAUCGACUCCGGCUUCAAACCUAGCAUGUGUCAAGAUUGCGAGAAGGGGAACCUGAUGGAGAUUGAAAGUAUUGUGGGGGAGCCUUUGCGCGAAGGGGAGAGGCUAGGGAUUGCGAUGCCGACGUUGAGGGUUGUGUAUGGGAUCAUGAAGGGGUUGCAGCUGAAGGUCUUGGAGGAGAAGCGAAUGUGGGCGCCCAAGUUCGAUGAAGACAACCCCUAUAGAUAG